CCCUAUGUGCAGUCCACAACAGAGCACUGAACUGCAGUUACAUACAGAAUUUCUUCACAGAGUAGCUAGACAGUAAAAACUGGAAAGAUGGCCACAGAACCUGUGCGCGGUUACGAUACGCCCUCACCAGCGCCCGAAAUCGCGCAAUACCUCGCGGUAUCUUAUGUGAAGUGCGGUUUACAACAGAGAAGUUGUUUUACUUUCGCGACGUCGUGUUUACGGCAGUUCCCGGCAUGCUGUGCGCGCUGAGCGUCUUGUGGUCGUGUUAGCGCUUGGCCCCUCACAGAGUCUGCGCCGUGCUGGGAAGCGAGAGGAAGCCGUGUGCACAGCCAGUUUCAGAGACCUGUCUACUACAUGAGUUAAACUCUCAGAAGUCUUCUUUUCUUGAGAUUACUUCACAAGGUCUGUGUGGUGUUUGAAAGAUGUCCAAAAACAAGUCAAAGUCCAGGUCGGGGUCAUCCCGCUCCAUAUCUCGCUCAAGAUCUCGUUCAUUCUCUAAAUCUCGGUCCCGUUCGAGGUCUCUGUCACACUCUCGGAAACGGAGGCACAGUUCUCGAUCACGCUCGAGGUCUUACUCACCUGGGUAUAGAGAAAGGAACCACCCAAGAGUUUACCAAAAUCGAGAUUUUCGUGGUCACAAUAGAGGUUAUCGCAGACCAUACUAUUUUCGGGGGCGUGGAAGAGGCUUUUAUCCACGGGGUCAACAUAAUCGUGGUGGAUAUGUGAAUUACCGCCCCAAUUGGCAGAAUUACAACCGCCAACCAUAUAGUCCUCGCAGGGCCCGAUCUCGUUCACGCUCUCCAAAGAGGCGAUCCGUGUCUCCUAGGUCCAGGAGCCACUCUAGGAAUUCAGACAAGUCAUCAUCUGAUCGCUCCCGGAGGUCCUCAUCUUCUAGGUCUUCCUCCAAUCACAGCAGAGUGGAGACUAAACGUAAAUCAAAAAAGGAUAAGAAGAGUCGUUCAAAGGAGAAAAGGUCCUCAGCUCAGGCUACCGAUGAUGACUCAAAGGAACAGUCUACAUCUGGAGCAGCAGAUGCUGGUAGCAAAGAGGGCAGUAAAGCCUGGGAGGAUAUGGAAGCUUAUGAUGAAAGCCCUGCGCCUCAACACAGUCCUUCCGAACGUGCACCAACAGUUAAAAGCUCUGUACAGUCUGUGGUGGUUAGACGCUGUUCUCCUAGGCCCAGUCCAGUGCAGAAGCCUAGUCCUCCCUCACCCACUGUUUUACAGAGUAGCAGUUCCUUCAGAGCAUCUUCUCGUCAAAGCCCAUUCGAGCAUAGCUUGAGUCCUCCAAGGAAGAGUCCUUUGAACAAGAGCCCGCCCUCAAUGAGUUCACUAUACAGCAAUAGUCAAAAAGAAGAGGGCAGAUCUGGAGAGAUGACUGCACCAGUGGGAACGGGAUAUAAAAGGUUCAUGGAAGAGCAGAAAAACAAGGCCUUGGAGCUGGAGAAAGAAAAUGGAAAGGAAAAGGAAAAGCUGGAGAAAAUGAAGGAUCGUAGCAGCCCUACAGAUUUUGCUAUGAGCGAGCUGGAGAGGGCUUAUAGAAAGAGUAUAUCCCCAAAGCGCUAUAAAAUGCGAGAGGAGAUGGAGAAAUUGAAAUUAGCAGAAUUGCGAUAUGAGGACGCGGAACAAGAGAAAAAGGGUCGCGCAAGAAAAGACUCAGAUAGUGAUUCCAAGAGUCAAGAUCCAUAUGAUCCAGCCAAAUGGGAAGAAUUGUCUUUCAUUCCAAGCACUAAGGAUAAACGCAAAAAGUCUGAGGAUAUGGAGGAUGAACUUUAUGCAGAAAAAUCCAAGAAAGAGGAGAAGGCCUCGAAAUCCGCCCAUAAAGGGUUUCUACCUGGAAAAAAUUUUAGGGUUACAAGUUUUAAAGCAUCAAAGGAAAGGAGUGAAUCUCCUCCACCUCGGAAAUCCUCAGAGAGCAGAGAGAAGCUAUCCAAGGAAGAGAUGUCUUUCGCCAAAUCAAAUUUCUCGGUUAGCAGAGAAAUGGGUCCUAGCGUCCGUUUGGAUUCGUUCGAUGAGGAUCUUGCACGUCCAAGUGGAGUUAUGGCUCAUGAGCGGAAACUAUCUCGUGACCUUGUUCACAGCAACAAGAAGGAUCAGGAGUUCAAGUCGAUUUUCCAACACAUCCAAUCUGCACAACCUCAACGCAGCCCCUCUGAGCUGUUUGCCCAACACAUUGUGACCAUUGUGCAUCAUGUUAAAGAGCACCAUUUUGGUCCCUCAACAAUGACACUGAGUGAACGUUUCUCCUCUUAUUUAAAGAGGACAAAAGAACAGGAGCCAUCAAAAACCCGCAAGAGCCCAGAAAUUCACAGGAGAAUUGACAUUUCUCCUAGUGCUUUUAGAAAACAUGGGAUUUUGCAUGAGGAAGGCAAACAAUCGAAAGAAGGGAGCCACAAGGGAGAUGGAAAAUACAGAGAGGAACCCUCAGAUCUGCGGCAGGACAUUGAACGCCGCAAAAAACAUAAGGACAAGCGUGACCAUUCCCGUGACUCUGGGGAUUCCAGAGAUUCAAGCCGUUCCAGAGAGAGGUCACCUGAGAAACAAGAGAAGCCCAGAAAGUCGUCCAAGAAACACAAGAAACACAGGAAAGUGCGUGAGCGAUCCCGCUCCUCCUCCUCUUCUUCACAUUCCUCUCAUUCUAUGCGGGCAGCAGCAACAGAUGAAUUCCCUCCUGAAAAUGAAGACAAAGAUGAAAAUUUUGAAAAGACACGUUUAGGAAACAAGGAUUAUCAAGGAACGAGUGAUCGAGGAAGAGCUCGGGGAAACUUUCAAUAUAGAGCAAGAGGCACAAGGCCAUGGAACAGGGGUGCUUUUUCAGGAAAUAACAAUAACAACAACAAUGACUUCCAGAAACGCAACAGAGAUGAAGAAUGGGAUCCAGAAUACACUCCUAAAAGCAAAAAGUAUUACUUGCACGACGACCGGGAAGGGGAAAACGAGGAAAAAUGGGUGAAUCGCGGGAGAGGCCGCGCCAAUUUCACUCGUGGAAGGGGGAGGUUCUUGUUUCGAAAACCGGGCACCAGCCCAAAGUGGGCUCACGACAAGUUCAGCGGGGAGGAGGGAGAAAUAGAGGAAGACGAGAGUGGAGCAGAAAAUAAGGAUGAGAAAGGCAGCUUGUCACUGGAUUAGACUGAUUAAGUUCCUAUUUGUGGGGAUACGAUUACCAAUCCUCCUUGGAUAUGGUUUGUCCUGAAAUGAAGACACUUUUUCCGCUGAAACAGAUUUUUCUGUAUUAAAGGAUCUUUGAUUUUAUAUUUUACCUUCUAUAAUAAUUUUUUUCCAUAAACCCAUGUGUAAACAUGUUUUCAUUAAAUAUAGAAGUUCGGUGGCUACCACCUUCGUGAAUAUGACAUACUGCUCUCAUCCACCAUAUUUGUGUGUGUGAUCUGAUCAGACAAAAAUAAUUUUGACUUUGUAACUUCAGUCCAUAAUCCAUCCCUAAAGCAGAUCUGUUUUCUUUGUUACACUUUGAUUUUCUUUUCCAGAAUUGUUUUAUCUGAUUUUUUUUUUUUUUAUAUCUGUACCUGUUUUAAGAUUACUUAGUAAUAUCAGUUACUAGAGCUGCGGUAUUAUUUUUAGAAAAACUUUCAAAGCCUUUUUUUUUCUUAGGAAAAAGGCAUGCUGAAUAAAUGGUAAAUGGGUACACAAAUUGAGUAUAUGUUUGAUUU